AUGGGCUGCUCCUCCGGUCGACAUCCCCCCGCGCCCGUGCUUCACCCCGACUUGGAAAACUAUAUCAACAGGAGCGAGACCAACGCGUUACCACAAGACUUCGAGAACCAGGGUCUGAACGGUCUGGUCGCCGACAGAGACCUCAGACCACCUCCGGUCCAGUCCUUACCGACCUUAGAGAGGUUAGCCCAAGCCACGGGAGGAACGGAGAAGUCCUGGUACCGCUGCGUGUUCCCGUUCGGGGUGAUCUCGCUGGUGAUCGGGAUGGCGGGCACCGGGGUCACGUUCAGGUUCAACACGCUGCUGCAGACCAAGGUGGUGUCGGUGGCGUUGCUGUGCGUGGGCGCCGUCAUGCUGCUGGUGGCGGUGGUGUGUUGGCGAGCCCACCGGCAGAAGAGGAGGAAAAAGAAAGAGGGGGGUUUCUUCGCCGCGGACCAAGGUACUUUGUGA